UCAGGAGUUUUCUGGCCACUCUCCUGCACUCUUCUCACAUUGACCCAAAUGUAGUGUUCUAGCCUUCUAGCUGCUUCUGAAAGAGCAAUACCUCCUCCCAUAUCAGCUUCCACCUGAACUCACCAAUGUGUCCACUACUCUGAGCAGAAAGAACCCGACUCUCACAGCUAGCCCGCGCGCGGGCUGUUCUAUCGAUCGGCCUCCGCAAAAUGGCUUCUGGAAACAACUGGUUGGGCUUCUCGAUCUCCAGCCAAGAAAAUCCACAGCCCCAUCAGGAUAGCUCACCGCCAGCCACCAUCGACAUCCCUGGCGCCACCGAUUUCUAUGGCCUCCCCACGCAGCCGGCUCCCGACGCUCAACUGGGCGUGCCAGGACAUCACGCUCCAUACGGGAUCAUGGAGGCCUUCAAUAGGGGAGCUCAUGAAACCCAAGAGUGGAAUCUGGACUAUAACGGCGGCGGCUCCGAGCUCUCGAUGCUAGUCGGGUCGAGUGCCGUCGGCGGCAAGAGGGCUGUUGGGGAUGAGACCGAGCCGAAGCUAGAGGACUUCCUCGGCGGCAACUCGUUCGUUUCCGAGCAAGAUCAGGCCGGUGGCUUCUUGUUCUCUGGAGUCCCGGUGGACAAUCGCACUAUCAGCAACGGCGGGAGCAACACCAUGGAACUCUCCAUGAUAAAUAGCUGGCUCCGGAACAAUCAGGUCCCCCAGGCGCCGCAUCCGCAGACCGUGCCGCCCCCCGCACAGCAGCCGCAGCUCCACGAGGAAAUUAUGAGCACUGACGCGAGCGCGAGAAGCUCCGAUGAGCUUGUGGGGAACAGCGUGAUGGCGGCGACGGGGAGCCUGGCUCUAUCGAUGAGCACCGGCUCCGGCUCGGGUUCACACCUGCCGAUGGCUGUGACGGGGGGUGGCGUCAGUGGGGGAGCCUCGGAGAGCACCUCCUCGGAGAACAAACGGGCGAGCGGAGCCAUGGAUUCGCCCGGCAGCGCGGCAGAGACCGUCGCGAGGAAGUCUAUCGACACGUUCGGGCAAAGGACAUCAAUAUAUCGAGGUGUAACAAGACAUAGAUGGACAGGGCGUUAUGAGGCUCAUCUCUGGGACAAUAGCUGCAGAAGAGAAGGGCAGAGUCGCAAGGGUAGGCAAGUUUAUCUUGGUGGAUAUGACAAGGAGGACAAGGCAGCAAGGGCUUAUGAUUUGGCAGCUCUCAAGUAUUGGGGAACAACUACAACAACAAAUUUCCCAAUAAAUACCUAUGAAAAGGAGGUGGAUGAAAUGAAACAUAUGACUAGACAGGAAUAUAUUGCACACCUAAGAAGAAAUAGCAGUGGAUUUUCUCGGGGCGCGUCAAAAUAUCGUGGUGUAACUAGGCACCAUCAGCAUGGUAGGUGGCAAGCAAGAAUAGGGCGGGUUGCAGGAAACAAGGAUCUCUACUUAGGCACCUUCAGCACUGAGGAGGAGGCGGCGGAGGCCUACGACAUCGCCGCGAUCAAGUUCCGCGGCCUCAAUGCCGUCACCAACUUCGACAUGAACCGCUACGACGUGAAGAGCAUCCUCGAGAGCAGCACGCUGCCGGUUGGCGGCGCGGCGAGGCGCCUCAAGGAUUCCGUGGAGCACCCGGCCGGCGCCACGAUCUGGCGGGCCGGCAUGGACGGCGGCGUCAUCCCCCAGCUGACCGACGCCGGGAUGAGCGCCUACGCUUCCUACCACCACCACCAGGGCUGGCCGACCAUCGCGUUUCAGCAGCCGUCGCCGCUCUCCGUGCACUACCCGUACGUCGCCCAGCCGCCUCCCGGGUGGUGCAAGCCCGAGCAGGACAUCCAGCAGCUGCACCUCGGGACCGCGGCUCACAACUUCUUCCAGGCAUCGUCGAGCUCUGCGGUCUAUAACGGUGGUGGUGGUGGGUACCAGCAAGGCCUCGGUGGCAACGCGUAUUUGAUGCCGGCGAGCACCGUCGUGGCUGAACAGGGGCACAGCAGCACGGCCACCAACCAGGGAAGCACCUGCAGCUACGGGGAGGAAGAGGGGAACAAGUUGGUCGGGUACGACGCCAUGAUGAUGGCCAGCACCGGCGGGGCGGACCCGUACGCUCCCGCAUCAACCGUGAGCGUCGCUAAGGCUAAUGGUUACGCCAACAACUGGAGUUCGCCGUUCAAUGGCAUGGAAUGAUGGGCAGAAGCUAAUCCGUAGGUUGCUAGUAAUAGUCGAAAAGGGGGAGGGAGCUAGCAAGGGAACCGGAUUAGGUCAGAGUCUUGUUCGUUGUUGUGUUUCAGCCCAGGUUUCCGGCUAGCUCUGCUAGCUACGCCGGGCGAGUGACACUCGGCAGAGACAAAUGUGAUGUGCAGGAGACAUGCAUGCCUUCUGGAAGCUGGUAAUGGCAAGUCAGGCAAAGGAAAGCUUCCCUAAAGCUUAUCCUGAGUUCAUGACUUGCUGUUAGUUUUGGGUAAUUUCAGAAGGAUCGAUCAAGUUAAUUUCCAGAGGACAAACACUGAUCGUGCCAUUAGUUUAACUUCAU